UUAUUUUACCUCUUAUCACACUAUUCUUAAAUUCACUUUCACGUUAUAUUUCUUAUUUUUUUUGCAAUCCGGGUGAAUAUUUCUGCUUUUUAAUGUAAUUUACGCAAAUCCUAUAAAUUAAUUGUCGAAAAACGUACUGCACGUGUGACUCGCUCGCUGCCCGCAAACACGAGCGAGUGGCCAAAUCAACAAGUAGCGCAGAUCGUCAGACCUCAGCUGGCCGCAAAUACCUAUAUAUCUAUGUAUGCACAUGUAUGUCGAUUUCCAGCCCUUUUCAGCGUCCUCUCUACAUGUUAGUACCAGCAUCGUGGGAAUGCUAGAGACAUAUAAACGUGUGCUUGUUAUUGCAAUUAUAUAUAUUUUUGCGUGAAAUAUGGAUCGUUCUGAGCGUUAUUAUAAAAAGAAAAUAAAUUUGGCAGAGUUAACGGAUGAAAAAUUAAUGGAAUUCAUUGAUUCUAUGGAAGUCGAAGACGAAACUUUUAGCAGUGAUAACAGUAUUGGUGACCCAGACUAUGUCGUUGAUAACAUUUAGUAUAAUAACUCAGCUGAUCAAGUGAUUGAAGAAUGCAUGAAUGAAAUGGAUGAGGCUGAAAAUACGGAUGCAUUUAUCAUGGAAGGAAUGAAUUUAUCAAUGAAUAUCAGUUCAAUUGAACAACCAGCAGCUAAUUUAACAUUAAUUCUCGAUGAAUCAGUUGGUUUGCAAAAACCGUCCACAUCCUCAGCGGCCAUAACAAACAGACCAUUAAAAUCAGUCAAAAGGCCCCGAUCACCAUUGCCAACCGUUGAAGAAGGUGGACUAUCAGUUCAAUCUACUUCUGGUGGCUUCACUGGAGAAGGUAUAAAUAUAGUUCCCAUAUUUCUCUUAUUACUUUCCUUUGAAAUAAAUAUUCAUUCAAGCUCUAACUGCAGUAUCGAGUAAAGAGUUGUCGAAAGCGAUCUGGCGUAAACGCGCUUUGCGUUUACAUGUCAACGAAGUGGCUUUCCGUGGCGAUUCAUCACUACCGUCGACUGUAAAAACUCCAAACACCAAUGGCAUUCUUCAAUUUCUUUUUCACUUCAGAAAUUUUGGAGAUGAUAGCUAAAGAGACAAACCGUCGUACUUUAGAGGAAAAUACCGUCGUGCUUUAGAGGAAAAUAUUAACUCCACCUUCAAAACGACAAGUGCUGAAAUCAGACAUUAUAUUGGAAUAAUGAUAUCCAUGUCCGUUUAUCACUAUCCAAAUAUAGACAGCUAUUGGGGACAAAAUUCAUUUAAACCAAUUCAAAACUGUAUGCCAAUCAAACGAUGUAUUGCCAUAAAAAAGUAUUUAUCUUUCCAAGAAGAAUCGCAGAGAAUAAAAAAGGGUCAACCGGGUUAUGAUCCACUCUUCCCCGUAUCCGUACAUUGGCUAACACCGAUUCGAUUCAGUCCCGAAGUCAGCCAGGCUUUGCGUCGAUGAAAUGAUGUGCAGCACAAAGACGAAGCACCAUCUUCGCCAAUAUAUACCAAACAAGCCGCAUAAAUGGGGCGUAAAGUUGUUUGUGCUUUGCGAUACGAAUGACUUUGCCAACCGUUUCGAAAUCUACAACGGUGCCGGAGAUAAUGUUAUCCUACCUAACACACCUGAUCUUGGAACCACAUCUAAUAUUGUUAUGCGUUUAUCGCAAACAAUUCCCGAUUUCGUUCAUCACAUACUCUACUUUGACAACUUCUAUACAUCAUUGCCUCUGUUGGUAUAUUUGCGAGCUCGUGGAAUUUAUAGUUUAGGCACAGUGAGAGCUAACCGCAUACCAGGUUGCAAGGUCCGCAAAGAGAGUAGAGGAUUUUCCACCGAAUACAUGACCUCAGUUCAAGGAAUCGAUCUGAAUACGGUUUUAUGGAAAAAUAUCAAAUGUCUGUGCCUGACAUCUACAUAUGUUGGUAUUGAACCAUUUUUGAGAGCCAAUCCUGAUCUGCAAACAGCGAAGGUGUCCCGAUAUGAUAGAAAACAAAAACACUUCAUCGAAAUAAACUGUCCGCAAAUCAUACGGGAAUACAAUGCUCACAUGGGUGGAGUCGACCUGAUGGACAGUCUUAUGGGUCGCUACCAUAUUCAGGCUAAAAGUCGAAAUAUUAUUAUGCGUGUGCAAACGUGUACGUGCUGAGAAAGCAAACGAUUCCAGCAAUGUAUCCCAAUUCCGUGAAGAAAUAGCUGCUGGUGUUGUUUCUUUCAAAGAAAAACGGCCUGUAGGUAGACAGUCAUCUGUGCCAGGUAUCGAUCGCUCGGUAUCUCAACAGCCUAGCCCCUCAAUAAUUGGAAGAAGAGCUGUUCAUCAAGUUGAUGAUGUUCGAUUCGAUGGCCAAGAUCAUUUCCCGAUUUGGAUGGAUAGAAAAGGGAAAAAACGGUGCAAAUAUUGUAAGAAAUCAGACACACAAGUCACUUGUUCCAAGUGUGACCUUCAUUUAUGUUGUACAGCUGAUAAAAAUUGUUUUUGGGAUGACCAUUACAAAAAUUAAUAACUGUUAGGAUGAGACCAGUCGUUCCUUACCCUAGUCAUGCCUCGAAGUCAAAAGAAAUUGAUUAAUUUUAAGAAACUUACCUGAAUAACUUAUGUUUCCUAAUAAAAUUGUUUUAAUAAAAACAU